GAGGGGGCUGCUGUUUUCUCCACAGAUGAGCGCCCUUACAAGUGUGCCAAAUGUGGAAAGAGCUUCCGGGAGUCAGGUGCACUGAUGAGGCAUCUCAAGUCUCUCACUCCAUGCACAGAAAAAAUUCGCUUCAACAUGAGCAAGGACACGGUUGUGGGCAAAGAGGAAGUACCUGCAGGGUCCAGUGACUCCACUGUGGGGACAGUUCCACCAUCCUCAGUGACAGGAGAACCCAUGGAAACAUCACCUGUGAUCCACCUGGUGACAGAUGCCAAGGGCACCGUCAUCCAUGAAGUCCAUGUCCAGAUGCAGGAGCUGCCCUUGGGCAUGAAAGCCCUGGCUCCAGAGCCCCCAGGCCCAGAGGACCUUCCCUGUUCCAGUGAGAGCAACCGUGAGAACCUGCUACACCAGGCCAUGCAGAAUUCUGGCAUCGUCCUGGAGCGGGUCACUGGGGAGGAGGGUGUCCUGGAGCCGGCCCCUCCCUCUGGGUCCAGUCCUCAGUCUCUGGGAGAUGGAUCCCCGGAACUGCCACUGCUGGAGGUGGACCAGAUGGAGACAGUGGCCAGUGAGGCCUCAGCUGUGCCCAGGACGCACCUGUGCCCUCAGUGCAGUGAGACUUUCCCGACAGCAGCCACCUUGGAGGCCCACAGAAGAGGCCACGAAGGGCCGAGGCCGUUCACCUGUACACAGUGUGGCAAAGCCUUCCCCAAGGCCUAUCUGCUCAAGAAGCAUCAGGAGGUACAUGUGCGUGAGCGCCGCUUCCGUUGUGGAGACUGUGGGAAGCUUUAUAAGACCAUCGCCCAUGUGCGCGGCCACCGGCGUGUCCACUCAGAUGAGCGGCCCUUCCCUUGUCCCCAGUGUGGCAAGCGCUACAAGACCAAGAUUGCCCAGCAGGUGCACUUCCGGACGCAUCUGGAGGAGAAGCCCCACGUGUGCCAGUUCUGCAGCCGAGGCUUCCGGGAGAAGGGCUCGCUGGUGCGACAUGUGAGGCACCACACAGGCGAGAAGCCCUUCAAGUGCUACAAGUGUGGCCGUGGUUUUGCAGAGCACGGCACACUCAACCGGCACCUGCGCACCAAAGGGGGCUGCCUGCUGGAAGUGGAGGAGUUGCUGGUGUCGGAAGAGAGCCCCUCGGCAGCUGCCACUGUGCUUGCAGAAGACCCCCACACUGUGCUGGUGGAGUUCUCGUCUGUGGUGGCUGACACCCAAGAGUACAUCAUUGAGGCCACUGCAGAUGACACAGAGACCAGUGAAGCCACAGAGAUCAUCGAGGGCACCCAGUCUGAGGUGGAUAGCCACAUCAUGAAGGUGGUGCAGCAGAUUGUGCACCAGGCUACCUUGAUAGUCUCUUGAUGCUGCCCUACUCAG